AUGAGAAAGAUAUUCGCAACCGAUGACGAAGGCACUUCCCAGAGAGACCCAGAAGGGAUCCCACAAAACCAGGGCCUAGUCGAAACGAUCUCAUCUGAGAAAGUGGAACAAGACUUGAGCAGGAGGAAAAACAAGAUAGCCCUUGAUUCGGACGGAGUUCCCAUAGUAGCAUGGAAAGCACUGGGACAAGAAGGUCUGUCCAAGGGCAAACCAAAGUUUCAGGUGUUAGAAAGGCCCCUUGCGAGCAACAAUGCUCUCAAAGUGACACCCUCCAUUCGUUCGGUUCAGGACAAAUUGAUGAUGCUUCAACGAGCCAAUGAGACGACUGUGCCUGCUAAAUGUGAAGAGUUGUCUCCAACUACUGAGGAGCUACGUUCCGUCGCAUUUAACGACACGACGUCGAAGUUUGCAGAUGGAAAAGCUGAACCAUGGUUGCCACAGUUGACGUGUUCGAAGACGAAUAAAGACGAUGCGGUCUGCGAUCACAGGGCAAACGGUUCGAAGCCAAAACAUGAAGUGAAUGGCAUCUUAAACGCGAUUCACGUGCGGCCAGAAAUUCGAGAGUAUCCGCGUCGAAAGGCACGGAAGGUGGUUCAUCUUCACAGAAAAGAAAAGUUCUGA